CUUUCUCAAACAGGAAAUACAGCAGACCCUGAUAACAGCGAGGAUCCCGCCCCUGGUGGUGGAUUCCUGCUUCGUCCCUUCCUGCUCAGCUUCACAAGACAAACUGUCAAAUGUAUUUCAACGGAAGCUGAGAGGCUAGGAAGAGGAUCCUGUCCAGAUACAAGACCCAUUCCAUGCAAGAAGCAGAAGACAAGAAAAGGCAACGUGUCAGAUCCAAAAUCUCCAGAUCCAGAACCUACAGAUAUUGCAGUUAAGCUACGGAACCUUGGACUGGAUGAACCUUACUGAUUGAAGGUGUUUAAAGAUGAAUUAAAUGUUGUUAAUUUGACACUGUUACAAUAUUUAAAUAAUACAGAGCAAAGAAAGAUAGGAAAACAUGUUCGCUACCCAUGGGGGAAAAAAAGCCCUUGAUGAGAUGAUUAGCAGUCAGACGAUGAAUGCUGACAAUGAGCCAAUGGAAUCUUCUAAACAGAGACAAGAGGAAGUGAGAAAAGCUUGAACUGAUCUUCAAAAGUUGUCCGUCGAGGGCAAGGGAAGAUGGAACCAAGAUGUGCCGUUGAGGAUGAGAAAACAACCAGAUGUAUGAAUUUACUCCAUAAACUGGGUCUAAGCAACAUGCUCCCCAAACGCAUGCAACAAAGGGAUGUUCAAGUGAUAGAUACUUUAUCUCAGGAUGUUAAACCACCUAAAAAAGAAACAGAGCUAAGCUCUCAGUAUCUGUACAAACUGAUGAUGUUGGAUUACAGGGCUAGAUUUCUGUCCUGCAAACCUGAACCGACUACCACAGCUCCAGAGAGCCAUGUUGUUAGUACUGAGGAUGACAACGAUGAUUUUUUAAACUUUUCUGAGGAAACCGUCCAAAAAGUACACAUUGAAGAGCAACACAUUCACCCAAUGGAUAUUCACAUGGCUGUUUUCCACUGUGCUGAUGAUUUUUUGAGGCAGUACAUAUUUUCAAAACUCUCCAGUUGCCAGUUUGCCCUGCCCCUGCUGGUAUCUAACCCCUUUACACGGGAAAUAGAAUUCCCUCUCUGGGCACUUCGGAACAUCAAGAAGUCAUGGCAAAGUAAAGCACAAUCUAAAAUGGACAGCCACGGCAAAUACAAGAGCAGACACAUGUUUAAUACACCAGUGCCAGUUGCAUCCUUCAUCAGAUUGGGAGAGUCGUCCAUUUCCAAGUCCGAGAUCUUGAACAAUGUCAUUAGCAAACAAAAGCACAAGGUGUUUUUCCAUCGUAAUUGCAAAGGCAGCACUCGAGACUGUCUCCUCAUGGACGGAGUUGUGGAGAUCACCUGGUACUGUCCAGCGGGGAAGGAAGAUGACAUUUUUGACGAUUGUGUGGCUUUUCUGAACCUUCAUGGUGAUGCCAGAGACCAUCCACAGCAACUUGAAUUCAUGCAGUCCGUGAGCACUGUGAAUGUCGUUCUACUUUCAGAAUGCCCCUUAGAUGAAAAAAACAAAAAGAUUUUCAAGAACCUUUAUACAUCUACUGUCCCUCUGAUUGUCCUUUUCGCCGGACAGGAAAAAAGUCUGACUUUUAAAAAUCCAACAAAAGUGAGAUUAGGUGCCAAAAACAGGAACGAGGCUGAGCUGAACGAAGAAAUAAUAUCACACAUCCAACACUGUGUCAACACAUACAAGAAGAACACAAGCAUCAAAAUAUUUUGUGAUGAAGCAAGAAAACAUUUAAAGUGGAUGAAGACAAGAAAUCCUGCAGAGAUGGUCAUGAACAAGCCAAUGUUUUGAUGUGCCUGUUGAGGGAGGAAAGAUCAUUGAAUUUCAAGGAGAAACUUUUACCUCUACAAGGAAAGCUGUGGCAUGAUUGGUGCCGGAAAGAUAAGGAUCAGUAUCGUCUGAAAUGCAAAGGAAAAGAAAGUUUGGAAUGUCAAUUGGA